AUGAUAUUCCAGAAUUGGCAAUUAUUUCGGUGGUUCACUGAAACACUGAAAUCAGAAGUUUUGGAAAUCAGCGGGGAAGACUGGGUUCCACCAGUACCAGAGCCUACUUUCUGUAGAACUGAUCCAGUAACAGGGAUUAAUUCCACAGUUAUGCAACGCUCCUUAUGCCCAUGGCAAUGGCGAUUGAAUCACGAUGAUGAUCGUGAACCAAAAAUAAUAUCCGAAGCUUUUUGCUUGUGUCGUCGCAGUCGUGGAAGUUCUGGUUCUUUUUGCUUGCCUAUUAAACGAAAGGUAAAAAUUGCAGUAUUGAAGCGAAUUCGGUGUGAUUCUGAAACUGGAAUUUAUGAGUAUAUGAGGGCACUACAAACAAUAACUGUUGGAUGCCAUUCUGUACUUCCGAGAAGUCACCGAACCACCUUUCUAACAAAAUUGUAUAAAAAAAGCAAUGUAAUCGAAAUUUAA